CCUCUCCCUCCGAGUUGAGCUGAUUUACUGGUCGAACUCGUUAAGCCCUAACCCUAGUCCCCGGCUGUGGUCUGAGUGAAAAGGCUUUAAGUGAUGGGUGAAGAAGACGAUUCCAUCGAGCAAGCGGUCGCCGCCCGGCGGGAGAGGCUGAGAGCCCUCAAAGCUGCUCAGGAGCUCCUCACCGCUCCCGAAGACGAUUCUGCACCUCAAGGUGACGAAAAACCUGACCGCGACAACGAGGAAGAUGCCGGCGAAGAAGAAGAUAAUCUGAGCAUGAAGUUUCGAAACUAUGUUCCUCAUGAUAAGCAGCUCCAAGAGGGGAAGGUCGCACCACCAGUGCUACCAAAAUUCGAAGACCCUCUUGCGGCAGAACCUCCAGCAUUAGAGACGAAGGAUCCAUUUGUAAAUAUUGCUCCCAAGAAGCCUAACUGGGACCUGAGGAGAGAUGUCCAGAAGAAGCUUGAUAAGCUCGAGAGACGCACCCAGAAGGCAAUGUAUAAGAUUAUGGAGGAACAGGAGAGACAGAAGCAGAUGGCUGAAGAAGACAGCGUCAAUGGAAUGCAAGAAUAGCCACCCUUGGUCUAGUCAAGACUAUCCAAGUUCUGACACCAAUUAGGUUACGAUUCGUAAGGAGUUGCCCAAUGAUUUUGAUGCAUAUUCACCGUUGGCAAAAGUGGUUGUCAGAUAGCCUUUAUGCUAACUAAUGCGACUGCUGCUGUAGUGUGCUUUGCCAAGUAGCUGAGUUUUGGGAGUACUGGAAAAUUGUUAGAGGUUUACAGUCACUGUGCUUGGUAUCGAUAUUUUUAUCAGCAGUGCACUAAGGAUGUGGUAAAAUCCGACUCGAAUUUUCCGUCAUAGUACAUUGAAAUAUUUGUGUCCAAUCCUAGUUGUAAUUAAUUUCCUGAAAGUAAUGGGAAGAAAGAACAUUAUUAAUUCCCCUGGAAAA